CGUUCUGGAUCGGUUGUGUUAUUUCGUUUAGUGCAUACGAAUUAAUUGUUAAAAUGCAACUCAAGGAUGGCUCUAGACUCCUUUUGUUGUGUCUUUUGGCACUACAGCAAUUUGAUUUUAAUGCCGGUGCACGCAUUCUUGCACCCUUUGUCUUCCCCGGAAAAAGUCACUUUAUGAUGACCAACGCAAUAAUUAGAGAAUUAGUCAAACAAGGACAUGAGGUCACCUUUGUUACACCCUUCUCCCUAGCCAAUGAAAAGUUGGGAGCCAACUACACGGAAAUAUUAAUAAAACAAUGGCCCAUAUGGCCGACAUUGCUAAAACUAACCAAUGCCAAAUCAAUUAUGGAUAUGACUGAUAUGUCUACGGAGGAAAUGCUUAAAAUGGUCUAUAUUAUGGGCUUGGAGAGCACGGACUUUGCACUUGAGCAGCCUGAAUUUCAAAAGCUUGUACAUGCCAAAGAUAAAGUGGGCAAAUAUGAUUUAUUGCUAGCCGAACAGUUCUACAAUGAGGGCGCCUAUAUACUGGGUCAUCUCUAUCAAAUACCCAUUGUCACUAUAACAACUUCAGCUUACCACAACGUGUAUGAUUCGUUUGUGGGCACAAUUACACCCUGGUCCUAUUCCCCACAUUUGUACAAGCCCUAUACAGAACACAUGUCGCUAACACAGCGCAUAAACAGUAUUUACACUUGUCUACUGGAAGAGGCCAUACGCGCCUUUUGGUAUUAUCCUAAGCAGGAUGCUAUUAUGAGAAAACACUUUUCCAAAAUUAUGCCUGUAGUGCCUACGAUCAAGCAGCUGCAACGCAACGUUUCUGCUAUAUUGUUCAAUAGUUAUAUGCCCUUGGAAAGUCCCAGACCUUUAGCUUUUAAUACCAUUCCAGUGGGUGGACUACAUAUAAAGCCACCUAAAGCUUUGCCAGCUAAUAUCAAAAAGUUUCUAGAUGAAGCUAAACAUGGAGCGGUCUACUUUAGUUUGGGUUCCCAAGUACGCAGUGCUGAUCUUCCUCCAGAGAAGCUCGAGAUCUUCCUUAAAGUGUUUCGUGGCAUGAAGCAGCGCAUUUUGUGGAAGUUUGAGGAUGAACAGCUGCCAAAUCUUCCCGCUAAUGUGAUGGUGCAAAAGUGGAUGCCUCAGAACGAUAUACUCGCUCAUCCGAAUGUUAAGGUUUUUAUCGCUCAUGGCGGUCUCUUUGGCACACAAGAAGCUGUUUAUCAUGGCGUGCCCGUGCUGGGUAUGCCCUUCUAUGCGGAUCAGUAUCUCAACAUAGAGAAAGGCAAAAAUGCAGGCUUUACGCUGGGCCUGGACUAUCGCUAUAUAACAGAAGAACAACUACGCAGCUCGCUGACUGAACUUCUGGAGAAUCCAAAGUACAUGGCUAACAUGAAGCGUGCCUCCAAAGUCUUUCGGGAUCGUCCGCUGAGUGGCAUGGAUACGGCCAUGUAUUGGAUCAACUAUGUUAUCGAGCAUCGUGGUGCGCCUCACAUGAUUGCAGCGGGUGUGGAUAUGCCGUUUUAUCAGUUCUAUAUGCUGGACAUUGUGGCGAUUGCUUUGGCUUUAGUGCUGCUACCUACUUUAGCACUCUGUCUAUGCUGCUGCAAGGCUUCCAAGAAUAAGAAGCAGAAGCUACACUAGGUCUUAGUUUAAAGAGC